AUGAGCUCGCUAGAAAAGUUCCUCGGCCAACAGCCGCUGAUUGUGCAUUCGUCGCUCGCACAGCUUCGGUACUUGGUCCUGAGCGAGGGCAUCCCCCUCUCCAAAGAGAAAUCGGCCGCUAGGCUGCGGUGCAACGCUUGGUCAGUCCUCGCCAGAUGCUCUAUGGACGGAGCCACAUCGGACUACGUUUCGCUAGUACGACGCGGGCCGCCACCCCACCCUAUCUACUCCAAGAUCAAAAACGAUACGUUCCGCACCCUCAACACUGACCCGCAGUUCAUAGCAUGCGUUUCCGAGGAUGCCAUCACAAGGUGUUUAUCGAGCUUUGCAUGGUCGGUUCUCGAUGAAGAAGACGAGGAAUUCCACCUGAGCACAUAUGUGCAGGGAAUGAACGUUUUGCUCGCUCCAAUCCUUUACACAUGCCCCUCAGAACCAAUGGCCUUCAGGCUUUUCCGUUCGUUAUGUCAAGAUCAUAUCAAAACUUACCUUAACCAGAGUCUCACAGGCGUACAUAAUGGAGCCAAGCUACUGGACAUGUGUCUGAAGGUCAUUGACCCUAAACUCAGCAAGUUUCUAGCCGACAACCUCCUGACAGCAGAAAUAUACGGCAUUCCCUCUAUUCUAACCCUCUCGAGCUGCACCAAGCCAUUAGACCAGGUAUGCAAGCUAUGGGACUUUAUGUUUGCGUACGGAUUUCACAUGAACAUCUUGUUUAUCGUGGCGCAACUAGUGGUCAUCAGGUCGCGCGUUUUGAAAAGCAGUGCUCCUAUGAAUCUGCUGCGCAUGUUUCCAGAGUUUGAUGCAGAGGAGAUCAUUAGGCUCGGGGUCGGUUUCGUUGCGAAGCUACCUUCUAACUUGUACGAUCUACUUGUUCAGCAUCUGGAAGACCCCAAUUUAGUCAUAGAAUAA